GGAGGCCUGGGCUGAGACACGCUGGGUCUUGGAGGAACCGCUUUUCUCCCGGGGCCUGACAGGCUUCUCUUUCUCUCUGGCAGGUGGAUGAAACCGUCGCUGCUGCGUGGAGUCCCGUGGGUCCUUGGCCCUCUCUAGCCCUGGGGAAUCAAAAUGGGGCAUGUCCUUGCCCCAGGGAGGUGUGGCCGAGGGCAGCCCCCUCGCCUACCGCCUGCCUGCGACGUUCCCAAACAACCAGCUGGCGUGAACAGGAGCCCAGAGCAAACAGAAGCAAGUGACCUGUGAAGCCUGUGUAGGACGGAGGGAAAGGCAUGUGCGUGCCUGAGCACACGCGUGUGCAGGCGUAGGCAUGUGUAAGUGGGCGAACUUUGACGCUGGGGGGGGUCCAGCCUCCUGCCUCUGCCUGAGGACAUCCCUUCAGCUGCAAUCAGGAAUCCCCUCUGCCUGGGCAUGCCUGGGGGGAGCUGCCCUCAUGGCAAGUGCUCCUGGGGCGGCCGCCCCACAGCAUGCAUGACUCGGUGCCAGAGCAUUUCCUGGGACACCCGGAUGUGUGCCCGCCGCACCCUGCUCCAGCUUCCCGGGACGGGGCACAUGCUCAGCCUGUCCCUUGCGUGCGGGCGGGGGUGACUAAGCCGGCGACAGGUUGUCAAACCCAGGGAAUAUCUGGUCCGACCAGAUUGUCGGGAGCCGAGAAGCUGGGCAGCCAGUGCCAGCUGCCGGAGACAGGACAGGGGCUCUUCCACUGGGACGCAGCCGGCAGAGCAGACCCCACGAGGAGCCUGAGCCAGGAGGCCAGCAGGUCAGGGCGAGGAGCUGCCCGGUCACCGAGGAUGGCCUGGGUGCUGGUCCUGGCCCUGCUGGGCACUUGCUCUGCGUCACAGGGGACCCCCGCCGGCCUCAAGGCACGCGUGACGCAGGAAGCCCUGGAGUACGGGCAGCAGUUCGGGCUGGAGCUGCUGAAGUCAGCGCUGCAGAAGGAGCCGAUCCCGGACCUGAACGGCUCCUACAGCAUCCCGCUCAUCGGGACCGUGGCCUACUCCGUGUCCCAGGUCCGGAUCCAGGAGCUCCAGGUGAACGAGUCGACCGUGGGCUUCUCGGAGGGGACGGGCGUGCGACUCGUGGUCCAGCGUGCCCGCGUCCAGCUCGGCGGCGACUGGGCGGCGCACGCUUGGUCCAUACACGACAGCGGCUCCUUCGAUAUCUCCGUGCGCGACCUCUCGCUCUCCACCGUGCUGGGCGUGAGCCGGGGGCCCGGCGGGCGCCUCUCCGUGUGGAGCGACAGCUGCGAGUCCCGCGUCCACGGCUUGGAUGUGACCUUCCGGCAGGGCGCCAGCUGGCUCUACAACCUGUUCACAGGCGCGCUCCAGGGACCGCUGCAGACGGAGCUGAACAAGCACCUCUGCCCAGAGCUCAGGAAAGGGGUGGAAAGGCUGGAGCACGUCCUGGAGACCAUGCGAGUCUCGGCUCAGAUCGACCCCGUUGCCGAGCUCAACUACUCCCUGGUGCAGCAGCCCACCAUCACCGCACAGCACGGGGACGUGGACCUCAAGGGCGAGUUCUCCAGGGUGGGGGCCCCCCAGGAGAGCCCCUUCUCGCCCGGGCCCGUACUGCUGCCUGGCUCGGACGGCCGCAUGCUGCUCCUUGCCGCCUCCCAGGCCCUGGCCAACUCGGCGGCAUUCGUGUACUUCACCGCCGGGACCCUGCAGCAACACAUCACUGACAGCAUGAUCCACAAGCGGUCCCCGUUGCGGCUGAACACCAUGAGCAUGGGGGUGUUUGCCCCAAAGCUGCUGGCCCACGUCCCAGCCCUGCCCAUGGAGCUGCACCUCGCUGCCCGCAAGCAGCCGCUGCUGAGCUGCCAGCCCGGCGCCCUGGACCUGGCGCUGUUCGGCACUGCCGAAGCCUUCGUCGUCCUGCCAAAUGCCACCCUGGCGCCCGCUUUCCUCCUGGAUGUCGAUGCCAACCUGACGGGGAAGCUGCUCGUGGACUCGGCCAGGGUCAGGGGCUCCGUGGCGCUGAAGAACUUCAGGAUGUCCCAGGUGGAGUCGCACGUGGGCCCGGUCGAGGUGAAGGACCUGGAGGCCGUGAUGAACCUGGCGCUGCGCGCGGUCGGGAUGCCGCUGGUCAACAAGCGACUGAAGAAGGGCUUCGCGGUGCCCAGCUUCCACAACAUCAGCCUGGUGCAGCCCCACGUCAGCAUUCACGAGGGGUUUGUGCUGGUUGCCACGGAUGUGCAGUUUGAACCCGAGCGCCUGAACGCGGCCGCCCAGCGCUCGCCUUGACUCCGUCUGGCCUCCCUGUACUGCCACCGUGCCAGGGCCCUGCCCCCGAGCACCGGGCAUCCGGGCGCCGACCGCUGGCUCGCAGCCCGUCUGCCCGCGCUGGGGGAGGCGGCAGAAGGAUUUUGUAGCCAUGCAACUAAACGGGCGUCCUCCGCUUUC